AUGCAUCUUGGCGGCCUUCUGACCACUGUAUUUCUUUCCGUUGGCCUCUCGUCAUCCAUUGUUAUACCCCGAUCCUCAACUGUUCCCGCCCCGACGAAUGAUCUCGAUUUGACCAAGCGACAAGUGUCCCCUAUUCCAUACGGACUCAUCAUCACGCACUGCAACAUUCCAAACACAGUUGCACUCACCUUCGAUGAUGGUCCGUUCAUCUACACCGGCCAGAUUCUCGACACUCUAUCCAAACACGGUGCCCGGGCAACUUUCUUCCUGAACGGCGUCAACAAAGGCAACAUUGAUUCCUUCCACGACUUGGUGCAACGCACUAUAUCCGAAGGACACCAGCUUGGUUCUCACACAUGGGGCCAUCUCUCCCUCGACACCUUAAGCUAUGCCGAAAUCCUCGCCCAAAUGACCAACCUUGAAGACGCCUUCAUGCGCAUCCUGGGCUUCUACCCAGCCUACAUGCGUGCUCCCUACCUGAUGGUCACGGCCGAUGUUUUAAAAGCAAUGACAGCCCUGCAGUACCACGUCAUCGGAGCCAGUAUCGACACAAAGGAUUACGAGAAUGAUCAUCCCGAUCAUAGCUGGCGCAGCUUCGAGAAGUUUCGAGCGGAGCUGGAUGCUGGUGGGACUAUUGUGUUGGCGCAUGAUACUCAUCAGACUACUGUGGAGGUCCUGGUGGAUAACAUGUUAGCGGAGAUUAAAUUGCGAGGACAUGAGACGGUUACUGUUGGUGAGUGUCUUGGGGAUCCUCCGGAGUUCUGGUAUCGCAACGGUCGGUAG